UCGAUAGUUAGUCUGUAUAAUGUAGCUUAAGUACCUUAAUAAGCGGCUAAGAAAUGGAAGAGCAUAAACAUGUGCAAUCAAAAAACUUGGCAUCUGGAAAGAGACUUGAGAAUACCUUUACCCAUAUCUCUAGUUCAGAAGAUGAAGAAGAAUUGGAUGAAAAGCAUAUCUUGGAUCUAUUGUACAAAAACUACCAACCCGUCUCGGAUGCAUCUCGAACCCAAACUUACCGUACAUCCGUGUUCCUUGAAAAUACACUGCAUUCGGGAGCUGCAACGUGCCUAAUAUGUAUUGGUGGCAUCAAACGCGUAGAGUCAAUUUGGUCGUGUCAAUCUUGUUAUUGUUUUUUUCACCUAAAUUGCAUUCAACGCUGGGCUAAUGACAGUGUCAUGCAAAUGAAGGUAAAAGGAGAGCAGCAGCGAAAUGACAAUCAGGGCUACUAUAAUCAUUUGGGGGAGUUUGUUCCACCAAAGCGUAAAAAGUCUCUUCACUGGUGUUGCCCGCAGUGUCGUAUGGAAUAUCAACCUGAGGAGAGGCCAACCACAUACAACUGUUUUUGUGGUAAGGAAAUCAAUCCUACUGCACAGCCCUUCCUAGUUCCACAUUCAUGUGGCGAGGUUUGCGGAAAGUUUCUAAAACCAAAGUGUGGCCAUGACUGCAAACUUCUAUGUCAUCCGGGGCCUUGUCCACCGUGUGCGCAGCAGUCUGAAAAUACUUGCCGUUGCGGCAAAUCUGCGCCACGGCCUCUGCGCUGUAUAGACCGAGAUUGGCAAUGCCAAGAAAGAUGCGAAAAUCUUCUAUCAUGUGGCAAACACAAAUGCAAUCAGAGAUGUCACCGUGCAGGAAACUGCCCAGGCUGCACCAGGCAGAGUACACAACCAUGUGAGUGCGGACGAGAUAUGAAGGUUGUCAGCUGUGCCAAUAGAAAAUGGAAAUGCCAGAAUAUUUGUGGUGGCCGUUUUGUCUGUGGACUGCACUCUUGUGAUAAAAUAUGUCAUAAAGAACCAUGCGAAAUGGCUGAGUGUCCCUUUAACGUCCGAAGCUGUCCCUGCGGUAAAAAUAGCCAAUCUUUGCCAUGCAGUGAAGUGGUGGAUUCCUGUGGCGACACUUGUCAAAAGAUUUUGUCCUGCGGCCAACACACAUGCACGCAACGUUGUCAUCGUGGACCUUGCAUUUCGUGCCCAGUCACAACAAGGAAGAAGUGCCGCUGUGGUCUACACGAAAAGGAGCUGCCAUGCUCUAAAGAGUUUACGUGUGAUACUAAAUGCAAGCAAGUUCGGGACUGCGGAAAACAUGCCUGCAACAGAAAGUGCUGCGGAGAUCAGUGUUUGCCCUGUGAAAAGAUAUGUGGCAAGCCUUUGAGUUGCAACAAGCACAAAUGCCAAUCGGUUUGUCACCGUGGGCCUUGUUAUCCAUGCAGGCUGGAGUCAGUAGUUAAUUGCCGAUGUGGCAAAACACGACGACAUGUUCCUUGUGGCAGAGAGAGAAAUACACGGAACCUAUGCCUUGAGCUGUGUCGAAUUUCAGCCAAGUGUCAUCAUUUCGUAGAACAUCGUUGCCAUAAGGGUGAUUGUCCGCCAUGCCGCCAGAAAUGUGGCCUUCCAAAUGAUGUCAGCGGUUGUGGCCACAUUUGCAAAGCGGUAUGCCACGAGGCCGUAAAAGUCAAAAAUCAGAAAACAUUAAAUAUCAAAACGCAGAUUAAAAAAACAUAUGAAUAUAAAGUUUUUCCACAUCCGCGUUGUGAGGAGAGCGUAAAUGUCAAAUGCAUUGGUGGUCACGAAGUGAUAACCACACCUUGUUGGAACUCUAAGCCAACCUCGUGUUAUCGUAAAUGUGGCAGAGUAUUGAAAUGUGGUAAUCAUCAAUGUAAUCUUACUUGCCACACGGUCCCGAAUUUGGAGAGCAUGGAGCAACAGGUAGGCUGUAUCAACUGUGAAGAGGGCUGCGUUAGACCCAGAUCUAGUGGUUGUAGUCAUCCCUGUCCCAAAAGCUGUCAUUUACCUCCCUGCUCUCCAUGCAGUGUUUUGCUUAAAAGUAAGUGCCAUUGCGGACUCAUACAAGUAAUGUACAAGUGUAGCGAAUUUUUUAACGAUACGGCCUCAAUCCAGGAGCAACUCGAGCAAAAGGAGAGAUUGGGAAGCUGCGGAAAUCGUUGUAUUAAAAAUUUUCCUUGUGGUCAUCGAUGUCUAGCCGAUUGUCACUCUGGGAUAUGCCCAGGUCCCGAGCUAUGUCGUAAAAAAGUACGCAUUUACUGCCCUUGCAAAACGUUAAAGCAAGAAAUUUCAUGUGAUAUUCAUCGAGCUCGCCAAUUGCUACUACAGUGCAACUCUCAAUGUGAAGCUAUUAACUCACGUGCUUUUAGAGAACUUGCACAAAAACAACACUUGGAGGAAGAAAAAAAUCGUCUGGAGUUCGAGAAAUUUCAACAAAAGUUUGAAAAGCGCAAGCACAAGGAGCGCAAAAUUGCAGACAUAGAGCCAAGCCAAAAGACGUUCAAUUGGCAACGCGGAGCCAUCUAUGCUGUGUCUUUAACGGCAACAUUAGGAGCGCUGGCAGUAGCUUACUAUGCAGAUAGGUAAUCCACAUAUUUAUCAUUAAUUCCUAAUAUUUGUCUUGGGUCAAAUUUUUGUAUUGUAGUCAAUCAUGUUUAAUUUAUUUCAGAAAAUGAAAUAAAAAACGAUUUAAGUAAAA